AGAUCAAUGAUGAUAUAGGUGGUAUUUAUUACAGUGAUAAUCCUCUAAAGUGCCUUAAUUAUGCAAGAAGUUCUGAUGGAAAAGGGGAGUCGUACCUUCUUAAGUGCCGUGUUAUACUCGGAGAUCAGAAGUGUUAUAGAAAUGGAGAAUAUAAUACCACACUGAAGAGAGAACCCCCGAAGGAGAACCCCAGGCCAGGAUCCUCAAAGUUCUAUGAUUCUGUCAUGGGUUGUCCAAAAGACUACAAUGAAUAUGUAAUCUAUGAGAACAGAAGAGCGAUGAUUGAUUACAUCAUUACCUUCAAGGUCAACCAGCAAGGUCAAGACUCGUUACGAGAAAGGAUCCCUAGUCCUAUAUUUGACAGUCAGGGGAGAGAGACAGGUUUAAUUGGAAUAAAGACACCGGCCAAUGAAGAUGAUCAUUUUGACAGAAUAAGCCAGGUCAGAGAGGCCAUCAGAAGAAAGAGAUGUGAGGAGAGAGGACAGGAAUAUUCCCCACCUGAUGAGGAAAAGAAAAUGAAGGACAAAGAAAUGUGGUUAAGACUACAGAAAUUACAUAAUGUGGAUGAAAAAACACUACCAAGUUUGGAAGAGAAAAAAGCCAGAAUGAGACAUGCGGCCAGUGAGCCUCAGUUUCAGCCGGAGGAUCUAGAGGGAGCGUUCACAGAAUCCACCACUAACACCACAAUGCUUCCGCAUUCCCAGAGCUUUACCUGUGGUAUGGGAGAUGAUGAUGUAGAGAAAGUGAUGACGUCACUUAUUGCCGAAUUUGUGGAGGUGACAAGUUGUGACAACUCAGAAACUGCUCGAUACUACAUAGACAAAUGUCAAAUGAACAUUGACCAGGCCAUUGUUUGUUACUAUGAUGACAUGCCUUAGUUAUCUUCUUAGAUGAAGAGUUCCAAAUUCUCCAAGAAGAAUAAUCCUUAAUUU